UACAUUCGUUCCAUUGUCUGAUCGCACGUACAGUCCAUAGCAGCCGACACCGACGUGGUCAAUAAAUUCUCAGAACAUCCAACAUGGCGCCUAGCGAUGAUGGGUUUGGUCAGUUGCUCGAGACGGGCGAAUACAGUGACUGUAUCAUUGUAUGCAUAGGACCUGAGGUCAACUACGAGUUCAGAACUCAUAAAUCUGUCGUCUGUUGCCAAUCGCCCGUCCUAAGAGCGGCUUUCAAUCGCUCAUCCAUGGAGAAUUCUCCCGACACCAUACUCAUCGAGGACUAUGACCUGACUACGGUUGCACACAUGAUGGACUUCCUUUACAAAAAGUCAUAUAGUGUCAAUGUCACCGACGUUGACGACAAGGAUAUUUCCAACAAAUUGAUCCAGCACAUCCGCGUCAAUGCUAUUGCGGAAUGCUACAAGAUCGAGCAGCUCAAGUCGCUCGCGAGCUCCCAAUUUCAUUCACUUCUAGAGUCCUCUUUCACAAUUACCGGGCUAGCCCACGUUAUCACCGAGCUCAGCGCAAUAAACGAGACGUCGAUGAAGGCAGAUCUAGCGUCCGCCCUGUCAAAGAACCCUGCGAAUGCCGUGAAGUAUCUAUCAGCACAAAGAGGCAAGGUCGACGAGCUUUGGUUCUAUGUAUUGCUCUGCUUCGGGCUGGAGCAUGGGGCGAUACAGUCGCAUCUAGAUAAGACGCAGGCUAUGCUCUCACAUGAGGAGACUGAGAUGGAGAAUGUCAGAAGUAAGCUUUCAGAGGUGAUGACUGAACUGUCCGACGCCAAGGUUGAGCUAUCAAGCACAAAGACUGAGCUUUCAGAUCUAAAGACUCUGUAUCAUGUUACUCAGUCACAGCUACAAAGGCUUGAAGCCGCGCUCUUGACCAAGGAGACCCAGCUUUCCACUACAAAUGCUGGACUGGCGCACUCAAAAAACGAUCUUUCAAACGUGGAAAUCUUGCAUUCAAGGGAGCUCACAAAGGUGAAGGCUCAGCUCGCGAAUGUGAAAGUCGAACUUGCGAAUACGACAGCGAAGCCAACGAGACAAAACGCUUCAAGGCAAGGAUUGACCGCGAAUCAAAAAGACGAGUUGGCGGAUUUCAAAGCCUGCGUGAAAAAAGUCAACGAUACAAACGAGUGUCGACACUGUGGUGAGAGCUUCAAAUGGCGCGUCGACGGUGCUCUCAAUUUGCGUUGCGGAGCCUGCACAACACGAAACUGAUAUGAGCGUCGCUCUCGUUUGAGCAGAUUAAUUUCUCUCUCUUAAGAUAAAGGACUAUGCUACAUGGGUUAGGGAGUGGGCUUGCAGGAU